AUGCUCCGAGCUGGCGGGGGACCAGGUACCACCGGUCGGGAUGAGGGCCGUCGCAUCGUGGAAGCCUCGAUUCUCAUUGCACUAGGGCACCGGGCCCCAGUCUUGGAGAUUAUCGUGUCGGCCAGCGAAAACCAGGGACGACUGGGACGGAGGUUGACGACACUGGCAAGGACCCAGCGGCAAUAUCUUCUGCCCACCCGAACAUGCUUGUAA